AUGACAGGAGUAUUUGACAGAAGAGUCCCCAACAUCAGAUCCGGCGACUUCCAGGUUCCUUUCCAGACGGCCGCAGCCAUGCACCACCCGUCCCAGGAAUCUCCCACUUUACCCGAGUCCUCGGCUACGGAUUCCGACUACUACAGCCCGGCGGGGGGAGCCCCGCACGGCUACUGCUCGCCUACCUCGGCUUCCUACAGCAAAGCGCUCAACCCUUACCAGUAUCAGUACCACGGCAUGAAUGGAUCUGCUGGGAGCUAUCCUGCCAAAGCCUAUGCAGACUACAGCUACGCCAGCCCCUACCACCAGUACAGCGGGGCUUACAACCGCGUACAGAGCUCUGCCAGCCAGCCAGAGAAGGAGGUGGCGGAGCCCGAGGUGAGGAUGGUGAACGGCAAACCAAAGAAAGUGCGCAAACCCCGGACUAUUUAUUCCAGCUUUCAGCUGGCGGCGUUGCAGAGGAGGUUUCAGAAGACCCAGUACCUCGCCCUGCCCGAGCGGGCCGAGCUGGCCGCCUCCCUGGGGCUCACACAGACGCAGGUGAAAAUUUGGUUUCAGAAUAAAAGAUCCAAGAUCAAGAAGAUCAUGAAGAAUGGGGAGAUGCCUCCAGAGCACAGCCCCAGCUCCAGCGAUCCCAUGGCCUGCAACUCUCCACAGUCGCCUGCAGUUUGGGAACCUCAGGGCUCAUCUCGCUCCCUCAGCCACCAUGCCCACGCACACGCUCACCCUCCAAACUCCAACCCGUCCCCUGCAUCCAGCUACCUGGAAGGCUCCAGUUCCUGGUACCCUGCUGCCAACUCCAUCAACUCCCACCUCCAACCCCACAGCUCCCUACAGCACCCAUUAGCGCUGGCCUCUGGGACAAUUUAUUAGUCUGACCCUUAUUAUUUUAUUAUUUUUUUUUCCCUUGGACUCCUGUGUUUUGCUGUUAAGGAAUAAUAACAAAAAGAAUGCAUACGGGGGAUUUUUAAAAGGGAAAACAAAACAAAACAAAAAGAUGAAAAUGUGUAAAGCUUGUGCAUGUAACUUAUUGCAUUUCAGAGGAAACCAUUUUUUAUACAAUACGGACAUUUUUUGGCUCAGCUGUGGACACUAUCAAUGGUGCCUUGAAAUCUAUGACCUCAACUUUUCCAGAGACUUUUUUUCAAUGUUAUUUUAACCCUGUAAAUAAUUGUAGAUAGAGGAAUUAAACUGUAUAUUCUGAAUCAAAUAAAAUUAUUUCGACCA